AUGAUCCCAGCCGACCUCCUCGCCCACGAACGGACCAGAGUGAGGACUCGGAGAGAGGACGGAGAACCUCUAACACCGGCCACAAUCAAAAGAGAAGAGAGGACAAUCUCCAUACGAGCUUGGCAAGCGAGAUGGGAUCGGGCUGCAACGACACCGGACGCCGUCGGCCGCAAAUGGACCCACAGGCUAAUACCAAACCUCGCUCGAUGGCUAGCUAAGCCCACGCUGGUGCUGACGUACCACCUCACCCAGGCGCUGUCGGGACACGGGUGCUUCCGCAGUUACCUGGCAAAAAGAGAUCGGGCUGAGGACAGCUAUUGCGGCUACUGUAUGGACCCUGACGACACGGCCGAGCACACGGUGUUUGCCUGUCCAAGGUGGCUUGACGACCGAGCCCGGCUAACGGACAUAUUGAGGAGACCCCCAAACGCUGGCGACGUGGAAGAUAUCCUGUGCGGUCCCUGCCCGGCCGACCUGCCAGACGAUACAGAAUCUCGGCGCAGAGUCCUCGCUCAGUUUGUGAUCAAUCGACGGGAGCUCACAGCCAUGUGCGAGUCGAUCCUGUCGACGAAAGAAGCCGACGAGCGCGAAGAGCAGGCGCACCGAUGA